ACGAUCGCAAAGAAAACGGGACUUUACUCUCUCGUGUCCUCUCCCUCGCACCUUUUAUCACGUCUUUCUCUCCCACUCCUUCCGUUCGGAGAGGCGGGAAAGGAGAAGGAAGAGAACCCGAGCGAGAAGAAGAACCAGAGAAGCCGAGACGAGGAAGAGCACCAGAAAAAGAAGAAGAAGAAGACAAGUGAACAGAGAAAAAAGAAAAAAAAUAUCAGUGAAGGAAAAUUUUGUUUUUGCCAAAAAGAGGAAAACAAAACCAAAAAAAAAAAAAAGGAAAAGAGUGAAACCAAAAAAGGGGGAGAAAGGAAAAGCAUAAGAAGCAGAGGGGGAAGAGAGGGAAACGCCGAUAAUCCCCAGAGAGUGCGUGAGAAGAGGGAAUUGAUGAUGAAGGCUAGAACUAAGAGAGUUUGGGAGAGGAGGGAGGAAAUCCUGGUGUUGGGGGCCCUACUCUGCCUGCUCGGCCCUUCGCACGCACACCACGGCCAGAGUUGCAACCCGACAGUCCUGGAGUCAUGCUCGGAGAACGAGAUGUGCAAGGUGGAGGUGGUGGACCAGAGCGGGACGUGCCAGUGCCUGCCCGACUUCACCUUCAACGAGCAGACGAACGAGUGCGAGAAGCCCAAACCCCCCCCUGAUGAUUCUCUCAGCCACCUCAGUCUGGGCCUUGGUCUGGGCAUCACCUUCACCGUCAUCCUAGUGGCCGUGGUGCUGGCCAUUGCCCACAGAAGAUACGGGAUCCUGUCAGGGAUCUGCCGCCGCCUCCCGACGCUGCACCUGUUCGGCAAGAGAGGGGAGGAGUUCGUCGUAGACAGCGGGGACGACGACAGCCUUGUUGUAUAAUGAAGGGAGGAGGAGGAGGAGGAGGAAGGGGGAAGUGUGAGGGGAGAAGUUGGGGAGAUGGGGGGAGGGGAGGGGAGGGGAAAGGGGUUUGGUUUGGAGGGACCUUAGAGAAGCAAGGAACACUAGUGAAGGAACCGAUGGAGUGUGAACGAAAGAGGAAAAGGAGAGAGUGUUGUGAGAGAAAGAAUAUCGUGUCUUUUUCUUUUUUUUUUUCUGUAAAGGGAAGUGCUGAAGAAAUGAUUGUCCAUUUUUACUGUUUUCUUUUUUUUUUCUUUUCUUUUAGGUGUCCAUACCCAUGAUUUUUGUGAUACUGUUUGAUCUUGGAAGACUUUCAAAUGUUUGAUCGAGUUCUCAGCAGGUUACAUUGUCGUCUGGUUAUGCCGAUCACGUUUGUACUUAUCAACGAAGAAAAUGGGUUGUCUUUUAUUGAGGUCUGUUGUAUGUGUUGGAUUUCCUUUGAAAUUACAGACUUCUCUCUUUUAAUUUUGUUGUAUGUAUUCAUUAUAAAAAGAAUUUUACAUAUAUAUAUACACACACAUAAAUAUAUCUAUUAUAACUUUAUGUCACGUGAAUGAUAAGCUUUUGUACCAUUGAUGUUUUUAGCAGUGUGAUUUUAUAUACAUAUAUAUAUAUAUCUUGAUUUUAAGUUAUUAAAUGUAAGAGUAUGUAUGAACCGGAAUCUCAGUAAAGAGAUUAAUCUCAGUAGGGAUACAUAUGACUUAUUGUCAUUCAGUGAUGGAGGAAUUUGCUUUUGAGUUGUUUAAUGACCAUAUACUGGUGUGUCUCUGAGGAAGAGAAAAGAAAAUGACUUUAGGAUCAUCUUCGUUUUUAUUGUUACCAUCAGUACUGUUAAUAGUAUCUGUAUUAUUGAUAGUACUAUUUUGUUAUCAUUGUUUUCAUCCAAGAGCGUUUCAAGGGAUGUACGCCAGGAGACGGAGGAAUAUAAGUCGCAAAACUAGAAAAAGAAUAUGUUUAAUGAUUGAUUAUAUUCAUCCUCCUUUCUUUUCUGUAUUUUAAUGUCUGGUCGUAUUCCACUUUUAGUCAGAAAGUGUUUUCUCUUGAUUUUUAAACUUAGACAUUUUAGUAUUUUACGAGAGGCGUGUCGAGCUGAGGGGGUGUUUAUUCGGAGAAAUUGCCCAAGGAUAAAUGUAACCGAAGUGGGAGAGAAAAAGAAAACAAGCCAAUAGGUAAGGAUCAUGGUAUUCAGGAGGAGUAAAAGAAGCGACUGAGAGACAGACAGACAGACACACAGACACACUGAUACAGACACAGACACAGACACAGACACAGACACAGACACAGACACAGACACAGACACACACACAC